GUAAAACUUUGUCCGACUUGAUGAAGCUGCACCUGUGACCUGACUGGUUUAAAGUCCUCGCGAAAGUGGUUUAAAAAGUUAUAUUAAUCAUAAUGUGAAGUAAUUGAUGCCAUUAACCAUCAAUUUACCAAUUUGCGGUGUUACUUUGAUUAUUGGUUAAAGUUAAAUACGAUUCUGUUUUUCAGUUCGGGCCAUUUUCAGAGCACAAGCCAACUACGAGCCGACUGAAGCUCACAAAGUUUGUUGUAAAUAUUCAUAAACACGUGUUACUUUCAUGCCGAAAUUAUCAAUGUCUCUAGUCGAGCGCGAAUGGCUCAAAAGUAACGCUACAGGCUGUAUGUACUUAAGCAGGUCUGACAGGACGUCUGCUGAUAGAAGACUGUAAAUCUUCCGUCCCUGCAGCUCUGACAGUGAAGACGCCAUCUUGGGCCGAGCAGACAGACUUCGUGUUUUUCUUCAUAUUUCCUGCCUUUAAGGAUCUUUAAUUUAUGACGAAGACGUGACGCCGCUGGAAUCUGUGCGUAAUGUUCAGUCUCAGAUAGAUGUUUGUUUUGUGAAACCUUCAGCAGGCGGUGGACACACUGAGAGAUAAGUAACUGUCUCCGAAGUGUGUCCUGGCGGCCAUGUUGGAGCUUCUGCCCGCAACCUCCUCCGCCUCGCCACCAUCUUAAAUCAGCCUUCUGACCAAACGGCUUGAAGUUGAGGACGUGUUUCCCUUAUGAAGGCCUCUGUUUCAUGAUAAUUUUUUCUACACGUGUUGUUUGUGUACAUAAGGAGCUGGUGUUUGUCCCGUGAAACCACAGAACCUCGUUUUUUUUUUUAAGUGUCCAACGAUUGGCACAUCAUGGCGGAGUCCAGCUCCGAGCCAUCAGCUGCCACUGACCUGCUGAUUGAACGCAGCAAAGAUGAGCCAACUGUUGGCUUGGAAAGCUUCUCCAAAGAACUGAUUGUAACCAUGACAGCAGAGGGCUCAGACCUAGGAGCACCGAGCAGCAACGGCACCACCGACCGACCUCUUCCUGCUAAAGUCCAUAAGAAAGAUGAGGAGGAGGAUGAGGAGGAGGAGGCAACGCCCACACCGCCAGAGUCGUCGCCGAGUCCAUCGUCUGAAAAUGGGACGCUUACCACCGUCACCACAGAAGAAGAAGCUCUGUCAGCUCUGCUCAGACACAUCAAGACUGAAGGAGGGCCAGACAGAGGAGGAGAUCCAGGUCUGGACCUGGAGGAAAGCUCCUCGCUGGCGACAGCAGGCGGCUCAGACGACCAGCGGGAGUCCACCGACUCAGCGUCGUUCUCCAUCCCCAGUCUGGAGCUGUCAGACGGGGUCACAGCCACAGGAAACUCCCUGGACGUGGAGGACGGCCUGUCUUCAUCCUACUCUGCUCUGGGUGUGGAGGGCUGCUCUCCGUCCACCGAGGUCCCCAGUCUGAAGGAGGACGAGGCGCUGGAAGCUGCUGGGGGCGCUGUUGUUGUUCCAGCAGCUGCUCCACCUCUUGCUGCUGCUGCUCCUCCAGCUGCUGCUGCUGCUGCUGCUGCCCCGGAGCCCGGACCCUCCAUGCCGGCGUAUUACCUGGUGAAGUGGAUCACCUGGAAGGAGAAGAAGACGCCCAUCAUCACCCAGAGUGAGAACGGACCCUGCCCCCUGCUGGCCAUCAUGAACACACUCUUCCUGCGCUGGAAGGCGAAGCUUCCUGCUCAGACUGAAGUUGUUACUACUGAGGACCUGAUGGCUCACCUGGGAGAGUGUGUGUUGUCUGUCACACCCAGAGAGAAAACUGAUGGCAUGGAGCUCAACUUCCAGCAGAACAUGAGCGAUGCCAUGGCCGUCCUCCCGAAGCUUUCCACCGGCCUCGACGUCAACGUUCGUUUCACUGGAGUCACGGACUUUGAAUACACACCAGAGUGCAUCGUGUUCGACCUGCUGGACAUCCCACUGUACCACGGCUGGCUGGUCGACCCUCAGAGUACAGAGAUGGUGGCUGCUGUGGGAAAACUGAGUUACAACCAGCUGGUGGAGAAAAUCAUCGACUACAAACACUCUGCAGACAGCAGCCGAGUCGGUGAAGGUCUGGUGGCAGAGCAGUUUCUGGAGUCUACAGCAACUCAGUUAUCGUAUCACGGUCUGUGUGAACUCAACACGACGGCCAAAGAAGGAGAAAUCUCCGUGUUCUUCAGAAACAACCACUUCAGUACCAUGAUCAAACACAAGGGUCAUCUGUACCUGCUGGUGACCGACCAGGGCUUCCUGCAGGAGGAGGGUUUGGUCUGGGAGUCUCUCCACAACGUUGAAGGAGAUGGAAACUUCUGCGACUCCGACUUCAGACUGUGUCAUCCUCCUCAGAGAGCUCCGCCCACCUCCCACCUGCCGCCCAGCGCUCAGGAGCAGCAGAGGCAGAUCGACCAGGACUACCUGGUGGCAGUUUCCCUGCAGCAGCAGCAGGGCGGCGCCCCCGGACCCCUCAGUGACCUGGAAUUGGCCCGACAGCUCCAGCAGGAGGAAUACCAACAACAGCAGCAACUCCAGCAGCAGCAGCAACAGCAGCAACAGGGAUCAAUGCAGGCAGCACAGCAGGUCAGAGGUCAGGGGUCACAGCAAGCCAGGAGGAGAGACAAGGACUCAGACUGUGUCCUCCUAUAGACUCUUCAUCAUCAUCAUCAUCAUCAUCAUCAUCAGUGUCUGUAACACCGUUAAACUCCUUGAGUCCAGUGUGUCUGCAGCGGGGAGGUCACACACACACACACACACACACACACACACACACACACACACACACACACACACACACACACACACACACACACACACUGAGUUCGAUGCCAAACCCCAGUGCUUUUAUUCAACAGGUGAUGGUUUGUAAAAAUGUAAGAAAUAAUAAUGGAGUCUGUUGAAUAAAUCUGCCUUUACGAAGGAUUAAAUGUCUGUUAAUCGUCAAUAAACUCAACAGCCGAUCAGUUGUCAACCUUUACAUAAGAAGGACUUUGGGUUACCAACAGUCGGAACCAAGAUUUCAUAAACAAAUCUGAUAAUUUAAUUGCUUUUCUUAGACAAAACCCAUAAAAACAAAAAAUAGGAGCUUACAAUUUUGGAUGGUUGAUCAAACAAAACAAGACACCUGAAGACGUCACUUGAGCUUCCACCCACUUAUCAUCAGAUGUGACUUUUAAUUUGGGGUUUUUCCGGGUACGAUUAGGGCUGGAUAAAAUAUUAGGAACGUGUUUUAGGAUAAUGAAUACAGAAAAUAGUAGAAUCAUCAUCCUUCUAAAAACAAAACCUGGAAAUGCAGAAGCUUUGUGAAAGUUUCCUGCUCUCUUCAGAGCAUCUAAACUUGUGAGCUUUUGUGUCGGAGUCUCCAAAAUCUGAGCUGCUGUGUUGAUUUUUUUCGCAACAGGUAAUGCUAUAGUUACUUUUACUACACUUACUGAGUCUGUACAGGGACCAGGAAACAGGAUGUGGGUACAAUGCUUGUAUUUGGAUUAUCAGCUAGAUGUAAAUUGUCUGCCUGUUAGAAAGUACACAUUACAAUUUGUUUAUAGAAGCAUUAUCAUGGUGCAAAUCAACAUGAACACAGCAUGUUAACCCUCUGAAUUACAAGGUGUUUCUUUGUUCAUUGUGGGCUAAUUUUUAUUGCAAUAUAAAGUCCUGCGCCUCUGUGGGAACCAACAUCUGAUUAAUGAAGCAGAAUUACUGUGAUGACUUGAAAAUGAGCUGAAGAGCUGAAGGUAACAGAUUAAAUUACAUAACAGCCUUGAAAAAAAAUGCCUAUUAAAUGUACAAAAAAAUGCACAAUAGAAAAUGUUGCCUGAGUAUUUCAUAAAUUAAAAAAAUAAUAAAAUAUCAGCAAAAUAUGAAUAAUAGGUCAAAAAAUUGAGAAUGUCCCUUUAAAUAUCUAAAGUAUAUAUUAAUAAAAUGUUAACAAAAAAAGACAAAUGAUGUGUAAAAUCUUAGAAAAGUAUUAAUGAAACAAAAAUGAAAAUAAUUAGAAUAAAAUAUCCCCCCCAAAAAAUGAAUACAAAAAAAUGCACAGUUAAAAUGCUAUAAAUCAUAAAACUAGAAAAAAAUAAAAACAUAAAAUAAAAUUAGACAUUUGACAAUAAUUGAACAAACUGGAAGCAGCAAGUGUCCAGUACUACAAAAAAAUCUUGACUUUACGUGCUGUGGAUAUUUACCUUGUAUCUUUAGUUGUUUUCACACUAAAAGGGAACUGGAUGUGUUUGUUUUCUCUUUACUGUGAAAAAUUAUCAAAUAUACGGACAUCAUGAUUUAAAUGAUAUUUUAACAUUGAAUUAAGUGGCGUCUACGUGAAAUCAGAACCACAUAAACUCAGUGAUUUUUAAAGCUCCAGUUUCCACAUUCACAAGUAAACAUUCUUUCUGAAUGAAUUCGGAUUCAGUGACUUUUAAGUUCAGUUCAGUUUUAUUCUCAGUAGUACCGCUUCAGGGCUUUUACUUUGAAACACAAAAUAAUAGUGCAAUACAUUAUAGAAAAGAGAACACAGCAUUGUAUUUCUUUGAUUAUUUAUUUAUUGUACAAAACCUGAUCUGAAGAAUCUAGUGAAUUUAAAAUUGAGACUUGUAGAACUAAGUGACUUUGAUAUAAUAGCACGAUUUAAAGCUUAGAUUUGCUCAAGGACUAAUGGGAAGUGCAAAAACCGAUGAUUCUUUCAGAUUUUAGUUUUUGCACACAGCUGCUGCUCCUCAGUUGUGCCGAUGAGCGUAAAAUGUUAAGUAUUUUACAGGUUCUGGUGUUUUUAUGGAGAAUAUUUCACACGAAACGAAAUUAAAAUGCCAUGAUCCCUCAUAUUUCUACGCUUUCCGGGUGAUAAAUGGCGUCAUUUCUGCUAUUUUUCUUGGGAUUCAGAGGGUUUAAGGAUCACUCAGACGUAUCCAUUCCAAACUUGCUAUUUUUCUAGAAAUUCAGGGAAACGGUGUGUGCAAACAGUGUGUAUUUGGGCAGAAUUUUUUGUUUUCAAACUAACACUGACAGUAAGAAUCUGUAAGUAGCUGAUCUAAUCAUAUAUAUUCAUCUGCAGAAUUAUUCUUCAGCAUCAGAAACGCUGCUGAACAGAAGGUGACGUCUUCAAAGGUCUUGUUUUGUUCAAAAAUACUGAGUUUACAGUGAUCCAUGACUAAGAAAAGCAGCAAUUAUACGAAUUAAAGCCAGUUAAUUAUUUCCUGAACGAAUAGGGAAGAUUUCCUUCUUUUUCAAUUGAGUCAAGGAUUCCCACAUACAGCAAUCUUACAGUUAUAUUAUUAAUGACUUUUAACUAUUUAUUGACCCGUUAGGGCCUGAGGAAUCCUCUAAACACACACGUUGAAUCAGAUUUUAUUGGAUUAAAGGGUUUAUUGACCAUUAAUAAAGAAAACCCUUUAUAAACACAGAUUUACUGCAAAGUGGCACCUGAAAAUAAUGAAGGGAAACUGUUGGAAAAUCCGUUAACUGAGUCUAUAAUCUGUGUUUUACUGACUUUUACUGACCAGUUUCAUCAGAAGAAACUCUGGGAAAUAAAAACAUUUCAGUAAGUUUACAGGAAACUCCUGUGUGCAAACUUGAAUGCAGACGUUAUGAGAAAUCUGCUAGAAAAUAAAGGUCAGAUCUGCGGAGUUUGUUACACCACUUCUUCUGGUGAAACUGAUCCAAUAAUCACUUUUUAAUGCAGAUGGAAGUUGAACUUGAAAAAAGAAAGUCGGCGGAAACAAACGCCUGCUGGAGUUAACUGACAGAGUUAAUUAUUACAGUUUUUCUCAAUCGAUAAGACACUGUUCCUGAAAAAUAGCACACAUUUACCAACACACUGCACACUAUUUUUUUUUUAUUUGAACACAAUUCACAAAGCACUGCACACUUGUGUCAAAAGCGCACCCUAUUGUCAAAAUCUGAACUUUGUUUUCAAAAUUAAGACACACAAAGCAAAACUAGGACACUGCACUGCUAAAUACAAAACACUCUUCUCUCACUGUGUUUUCACAUGAAGUGUAAAAAAAAUGAUACAGUCCUCAAAAAUGACAACUUAAACACAAAUGCAUCCUAUAAAUGAAUCAGAGGCCAUUGCAGUGCCUGACUGUACAUUAUAAAAUAAAAAUAAUGCUAGACCAUAAAUCCAGCACUGUAUUGUACACAGUACAGUCUGCAGAUAUUUACACCAUGUCUGCAUCAAUUCUUUCAGCCUGGUCAGACCACAGGACCUCAUCAACAUCUCAAGCUAUGUUUUCUCUGGAAAGAAGGAUCUAGUGUGUCUGAUCCAACCCUGACAUGCAUCAACAGAAACAUCACCACAUGCCAAGACCACUGAUUGAUAGAGAUUUUCCCAAAGUAUGGCUGCUGCUCAUAUACCUUCCACCUCCAUGUAGAGACAAAUUCUUCUAUAGGAUUCAGAAAGGGAGAAUAUGGUGGCAGAAAACCCUCAAUAACUUGAGGUUCAUAUUGAACUAUUACCUAAUCAGUGGUCCUCUAUAAAACUAACAUUGUCCCAGAUGUAUUCAUGUGUAUCAUCAGAAUCCAACUGAAAAACUCUCUGGAACAAAUGCACACAAAACACAGAAAAAGUCAGUCAUGUACACUUUCUGUAAUUUUACCAGCACUUGUGAACCAGAAUUAUGUAUUAGAUUUUUUACAGUAUUCUCAGAACAUUUCUGACUGCUUGCAUUGUUCCAGUAUAAACAUGUUACUGAAGUGACAAACAACAUUUACAUACAUGUAAAGUGGUCCAGGUCCAGGUGUAGGGGCAGGUCCAGGUUCUGGUUCUGGUUCUGGUUCAUCCACGUCCUCUUCUUCCAACAUGACCUCUUGCUCCUCUGACAUCCAUUCUGAACAGCUAAUGCUGUUUCCUAAAUUCCUAGCAGGUUUUAUAGUGUGCAGUUCAUUGGUAAAAGUGUUUUCAGUUUUGACCUGUUGUGUCUUAAUUGUGACAGCAGUGUUGGAACAGUGUCCCAGUUCUGCUUCCUAGUGUUCACUUUAUGAAAAGUGUGUGCUAUGAGUGAAAAAGUGUGUUCAAAUGAGCACAAAACUUGUUCAGUCUUUUGCAAAAAGAGUGCAAGAGUUUUGGAAACUGUGUGCAAACCAUGAGUAGUGUCCUAAAUUUAGACAGCAGAGUCCUGUUUUUGAGAAAUGUGUGCAGUCAGUUGGUGGCUGAGUGCAGUGAAUGGAAUUUAGUGUCUUAUCAACUGAGGAAAACUGUAAUUCAAAACUCAUUUUAGAUUUCCACUGAUUUUUGUUUCACAGCAGAUUAAUGCAGAAAAUCAUCCCUGACAACUAGUAAAGAAAAACUGAAGGUUUUAAAAUUAUUAUUUCGCAAGUUCAUCCCUUCUGAGAAGUAAGAUAUGAAGAAAAACUAGUAUGUAGGAGUUUAUGUGAAACAAAAUCUGUAAGUUGGCAUCAAUUAUGUAGAAACAUGAUGAAAGAAGAGCCCUGUUUAAAUUAUAUUUAAAUAUUUUUUGUUUUUAAUUCUACUUAUCUCCCUUCUGCUUUACACUGCCUGCAUUUCAGCCGAAAACUCCACAAAUUUUUAUCACGUGACUCUUUGUCGUAGCCGAGUCACUAAUGGCUUCAUGACUGUACUGAAGAGCGCAAUUUGUUUAAGUUUUUUUUACAGAAUCUGAUCAAACCAAAUGGUUAAUUUUUAAUUAUUUAUCAUUGAGACAUGGAAUAAAGGGAUUUUGUAAUAGAAUGAAAUGUGAUAAACGAUUUAAAGCUUAGUGAGUAGUUCAGGGACUAAUGGAAAAUUCAAAAACCCAUGAUUCUUUCUGAUUUUACAGUUUUUGGAUAAAUUGUGUAAUUUUGGUGGAAAACGACAUGCAGUCAAUCUGCAGGCAGGUUUUGGAGUUCAGAGGGUCACUAUUUUUUUUUUUUUAAUCGGGAAUAAUUUUUCAAUAUUUACUGAAAUGACAUCAAUUUUAAAAAGUAAAAAUCUUUUGGAACUUUAUGAAGAAAGUUAUGAAGCUUUGAUCAGUAGUGAGAAGUCAAAUGUUCUAAAAUAGUUAAAUGAUUCCUCUGAAUACAAAUCUGGAUAUUAUAUGCAAAAAUAAUAAUUAAAAUUAUGAAUACUCAAAGUGACGAUGUGUUCACUGACUGCUAUGAGACCUUCUUGAUCAUCUUUCAAUAGAAAACAUCUGCAGAACUGAUUUUCUUUACGAACUUACUGCUUUAUGGAAACCUAAAGCUGUCAGAAAAAUAAAAAACACUGAUGCAAUGAGAGAGACAAAAUAAUAAUUGACAUAAUUUUGUCCUGGUCAGAAUUCUUACUUAAUCUGAUUAAAUAAACCAUAAUUUUGUCUUGUCUAUGUUGUAUUAAUGAAAGAAUGAGAUCAUUUAGUUUCUGCUGUGAAUGAUGUCUUACAUUGAUAACUUUAUAUCUCAUCAUUUGAAAACACAAGUCAAAAGUUUUAACCUCAUAUUUAUGACUCGAAGUCUCAAAAUUUUAAUUUUGACUUACCUGUGACUUAACCUGGAGUUAAUUCAAAUAUUUUGCAAGUUAGUCAUAAUUCAAUCUGUUUGUUCCAAUUUUGAUCUUUUAUCUUUGAUUUAAAGCCACAUAAGUCAGAAAUGUAACUUAUUUCAGAUUUCUGAGUGUGUCUCAUAAUUCCUGCAAAAACUUUUGUUGAAGUUUUGUAUUUAUGGCUUUGUUGCAUCAAAAUGAUAAAUAUGAGAGUCUAAAUCUAGAAAAAGUGGGUGUUUUUCUGGUAGCUUCCAUAGAAAGUAAAUAUCAGGCCUGUUUAACAUUUUAAAUCUGCUGUGGAAACAAACGCAAACAGAAAUCUAAAACCCUGGAUAGAGAUUAAUGAGGACAAAUUAAACCUGUGUCAUGACUGCUGAUUCUCAGACGGUUUUAACUUUGUGUUCGUUUCGGUUCUCUUCUUAUUCGAUCAGACAAACGUUUUUGAGUUGAGUUGAAAUCGUGGAAUCAGUAACUCGUCCUCUUUUUGAAUGAGCGUCUUUAAAGCCACGGUGAAUAAAACUGCUAACGUCUUAGAGUGAAAACUGUCUAAAAGCAGUUUUACAUUAAAACAUUCAGCCCUAACUUUCCCAUCAAGCCUGUCUGAGUGUUUCAGGCGUCGCCACUUAUUUCUGUCAUCGUUGGGUAUUUUUUAAAGGUUUUUUUCUUGUGUGACCGAAGGACCGCCAUGCCAUGCUCUGUUCAAGCUUUGUAUUUAAUUUGUCAUCCUGUCAAAUUGUCAAUAAAAACAGAAUCUCA